CGGGGACGCCGGAGUGGUGGAGCCAUCCAGGACGCGGGCGCUGAAUAACCCAUCAUCCUUGGCAGCCUUGCGUCAUCGGCCCGCGCUUUCGGUUAUCCAUCACGAGCGCGCCACGGGCUCGCAGCACUUCCGUCGCCAACAUGAGCGGCCUCAGAGAUAUCGCCAAAGGCGGCUGGCACUCCAAAGGGAAAGACGGCGGAAAGGAGAGCUGGAGGGGCGACUUCAAGGGCGUCAACACAGUGGCAGGAUGGAUGGGCAAAGGAAAGGACCCGAAUGAGGCUGCGCGCGAGCACCAGUCUGCCCCACUGGCCACCCUGAAAGACCCUGCGUCAUUUGGUCCUCCUCCUAAACGCGUAGCCUACGGAGCGGCAGCGGCUUCUCCGAGCGCAAGCUCGACAUCUGCGGAUACGGGCGGACUUGGAGCACCUGUCCAAGGCUCCGCAAGGCAAAGAUUGCAGGAGGCACAGGAAGCACAAGCAAGAGAAGAAGAGGCGCACAAGCCGCCGCCGGGGCCAUACAAAGCAGACACAACGGGACUUAGCACUGCGCAUCUCCCCAAGCCGCCCGCGUUUAGGCCGGGUUCGGCGGUGGCAUCUCCGACUACAACAGGGCCUUCAAAUCCCAAACCGAGACUCCCUCCCAGGCUACCUCCGCGACAGAACUCACAUCCCGAUGCCAGUGCCCCAGAGCCGCCCCCUCCGUACAGCGAGACGUCGCGGGAUAAUACCACGUCACAAGGAUAUCUCAAUCAGGGCGCGCUCAACCGACUAGGGCGGGCAGGCGUAUCUGUCCCUGGCUUGAAUAUUGCUCGCAAUGCUUCGCCGCCGGUGCCGCCUCGCCAAAAAACACCACCGAAUGCGCCUGCUUUCGCAACGGCAGACGCAAGUCAAGGGUCGCAGCUGAGCGAAUUGCAAUCUAGAUUUGCCAAGAUGUCGACGCCAUCGUCCGAGGCUCCUGUGACUGGUACUACUUGGGCGCAGAAACAAGCAGCGCUGAAGACUGCUGGUAACUUGCGCGACGACCCCUCCAAAGUGUCCAUGACAGACAUGAGGAGUGCAGCGUCGACGGCGAACAACUUCCGUGAGAGACAUGGAGAACAAGCGGCGGCAGGAUGGCGAGCAGCAAGCGGCCUCAACCAGAAAUAUGGCCUUAGCGACAGGUUCAACACUGCAGCUUCGCAAUCGACCUCAUCUCCUCCCCCGCAGUCUCCGACGCAGAGCGGGAUUGGUAAGAAGGCACCCCCUCCGCCGCCUCCGAAGAAGAAAGAUAUCACGACAAGCCCUACGAGCCCUACGAGUCCUGGUAAACCCCCGCCGGUACCUCUGGGAAGCAAACCAAAGUUUUAAGCAAUCAAAUCCCUGUAAUGGUUCACGUGUCCUUAUCCUGCAUGCUUGCGCUCCCGUUGAUUAAGCUGUUGAGGUGCUGCCACGAAAUG